CACUGGCUGAGUUUGUAAACAAUUAAAAGGAUAAUUUAUCACACAAAUAGCACAAACCAAAUCAAUAUUUGACUUUUGUUUUGAAUGCAAAGUUCAAUCACAAAGGAGAACGACGAUCUAUUUUCAAGGGGCCUUGAACAACUGACAGCUGUUUUGCAAGAAACAUGCUUGCCAACACUGUAGAGAUAAUUUUUGGAAACCAAGAUCACAGUCAUUUUGAUCCAGCUGGCGGUGAAUUGAUUUAUAAAUUUUCAACAUAACCUAACAAAUUUAGUCAAUACGUUUCGCAGUUUGCGUCAUCUUUUUCAACAAUGGUUUAAUAUUUUAAUACUAUUAGAGGUUGAAAUAAAAUUUAUCAGCCUCUAUUCUUUUGUAAAAUAUUUAAUUCACGAUGAGUAUCAUCCAGAAUUUUAUAGUUUGUCAAAAGUGUUCCAACCACUGGGUCAUGAACAGCUUUAAAACAACACAUUUUCCUAUUGUAAAUGAUUUUCUGCGACUGGUUGGAAAAAGGUCGUUUAGGACUUCAUCUAGACACUUCAGACUACCCAGAAAACGUAUGAAAAGUAGCCCGGAAUUUGUUGAAACUCAGUCUCCGGUUAUUCCGUCCACUGGAGAAGUUGGCACGCCAAGAUUGUGGAAACCUGUCUUGUUCACAGCCGCUUUUGGUUCAGCCUCAGUUUCUGCUGCAGCCAUAUGGCAGUAUGAGAAUAUACGCGCCAGACAUAAAUCGUUUCAAGAAAAAGUAGAAUCACCGUUCCAAUACUUCAACAACUGGAAUCAACCGGCCGAAAAACGGAUGCCGUUAAGAGAGGAAAUGCACAAAUUUUGGAAACGCCUUACAGAGGCUGAGAAAAUUUUCGCGCCCAUCUGUUUUGCGAAUGUUCUUGUCUAUUUGGCGUGGAAAGUUCCCAGUUGGCAAUCGACUAUGUUCAAGUAUUUCUGUACAAAUGCUGCAUCCAAAGCACUGUGUUGGCCCAUGCUGUUAUCUACAUUCAGUCACUAUAUGCUUCUACAUCUGGGUGCCAACAUGUAUGUCCUGCACAGCUUUUCCCAUGGUACAGUUGCCAGUCUGGGCAAAGAACAGUUCACAGCGAUGUAUUUGACUGGCGGAGUUGUGGCUUCACUGGCCAGUAUUAUCACAAGUGUGGGAAUGGGAGUUGGCAGACACUCUUUGGGAGCUUCUGGGGCAGUGAUGGCGGUUAUUGGAUACUCUUGCAUGGCCUAUCCUACAUCUCAGGUGUCCGUCAUAUUCGUGCCAAAUUAUUCGGUCAAUGCCGAAACAGCAUUGAAAGCGUUGAUGGCCGUGGAUUUGGCUGGUUUAAUAUUCAGAUGGCGGUUCUUUGACCAUGCUGCUCAUCUUGGAGGAGCUCUUUUUGGAGUAAUGUGGUACUUUUACGGACGAAAGUAUAUAUGGGGCAAUAGAGAGUACGUGGUGAGACCAUGGCAUGAAUUACGGACAUCUGGAGGAAAAAAUUUCUGAAUUAUACCUACAAGAACACAAUAAAUUUAUUAUUAUUUAGAGGUAUUGUACCAGAAAAUUGUUCAACAUUUUUGUUAUUGUACUCUGCAUAUUAUAUUAUGUAAAUAAGAAGAGAUACUAGCUGUU